UUUACUUGUAACGUAUACUUUUGACAUCCCGAAUUUCCUAUUUGCAUGUACUUUAAUUUCACAAAUUAUUUUCGUUGCUACAAUUAAACGAUUUUUGAUACGGUUGCUGUUGUAAACCUAAAUUAGAAUUGAUCAUGGCAUCCGUUCGCAAGGAUUGCGCACAGCCAGUUCCUAGCCUUCGCCAUAUUGGCUCCUUUGUGGUGCUUGACUUGGAAACCAAUGAUUUGCCCCACAUAUUCUCCAAGAUUGCAAUUACGGAACUAUGCAUGUAUGGAUUCUCAGCAAACGAAUUAGAAAUGGAAGCUCCAAGGGAAAUUAGAAACGGUAAUAAAUCACCAGUACCGAAGCGGCCGCGAAUUUUGCAUAAGUUAACUUUGCUCUUCAAUCCCAGACGACUCAUUCAUCCGUCGGCUGAAAUAAUUACAGGACUGAGUAAUUAUAAUUUGGAAAAUGAGUCACACUUCGAUGAAAACGCAGCUAAUACAAUCUUAAAUUUUAUCAAACACAUGCCACAACCUGUAUGCCUGGUUGCACAUAAUGGGGACCCUUUCGAUUUUCCAAUAGUCAAACAAACACUCGAUAAGUUUAGUUUGGAGCUGCCGAAAGACACACUGUGUUUGGACUCCUUACGCGCCUUCUGGGGCAUAGAUGAUAUGCUAAAGUCAGUUGCUCCAGAAGCAGAAAUACCUUCGAGCCAAUCUGAUAAGGCACCAGAAUUACUGCCAUUGCUCGAUUUUGACGAACCGAAGAAGAUAGGACCUUCAUUGGACACAAUACAACUUGCGCAACCCAUAUUGAAUUCAACAAAUGGACAAGAAACGACGACAUUAGCAGAUUCGAAACUAACACUUGUAGAGCAACUGGAAGCUGAUGCAAAAGUAGACUGGCGCGCACGAAAUGAGAGGACACCCAGGCGACCAACUGUAGCUGGUGUGAAGCGAACUCGCUCUGAUGAAUCAACACCUGGAAAGCAAUCAUUUGAAGAUAACACUGUGUUCAAAUCUAAACGUGCACUUUUUUCAAGUAAAAAAGUGGAUCGAUAUCCGCCAAAAGGAGUUUAUAAGUUGGAAAAUUUGUAUGAACGAUAUUUUCAUGAGAAACCGAAGGAUGUACAUUAUGCCGAAGCCGAUGUAGAAACACUGAUGCAUCUGAUGCAAGUAUAUGGAUUAAAUUUUCUUGCUUAUGCGGAAAAUCAUGCCAUUCCCUUUAAUGAAAUUAAAAUAAGACGGUGAUAACACAUUGCAUGUACACAAUUUUACGCUUUAAAGACAUAAAUACUUAGAAUAUACUAAUCCUUAAUAAUGAAGCUACAUACACACUUACAUAGGUAUGUAUUUGUAAAUAUAUACCUAUAUAUAUAUAUUUUAGAAAAAUUAUGAAUUUACAAAACGUAAACAAUUUUUUGUAAACCUGUGAUGGGCGUUUUAGAUUAUACAUUUGAUUUUUUGCACAUUUAAAUAAAUAUUUUAUAUAAUUCGACUGAUUUAAAUACAAAUACAUUCAUACAUAUAACA